ACUGGCAAGAGCAUCUCCAAUACUUUGGACCUUGCGCAAGAGUCCUGUAUUCUACCUCAACUCUUUCGCAGCACAUCACCUAAGCCUCUACCGUUUUGUCCAUUUCAAUCAGCUACUUGUGAGGCUACCUUGUGAAAGAUGGCUUCAGGCUACGAUCGCGCGCUUUCCGUCUUCAGUCCGGAUGGCCACGUCUUCCAGGUCGAAUAUGCCCUCGAAGCAGUCAAGAGAGGAACAUGCGCAGUUGGUGUCAAGGGAAAGGACAUCGUCGUACUAGGAUGUGAAAAGAGAUCUGCAAUGAAGCUUCAAGACACCCGAAUUACACCUUCGAAAAUCGGACUUAUCGACACACACGUCUGCCUGGCUUUCGCUGGCCUCAAUGCCGAUGCUCGGAUACUGAUCGACAAGGCAAGACUCGAAGCACAAUCACACCGACUCACAGUGGAGGAUCCUGUCACAAUCGAGUACAUCACGAAAUAUGUUGCUGGUGUGCAGCAAAGAUACACUCAGAGUGGUGGUGUCAGACCCUUUGGCAUUAGCACACUGAUAAUUGGUUUCGACAAGGGCGACAAAGAACCAAAGCUAUACCAAACAGAGCCCUCGGGCAUCUAUUCCGCAUGGAAAGCCAAUGCCAUCGGGCGAUCGAGCAAGACCGUGCGGGAGUUCCUCGAACGAAAUCACAAAGACGAUAUGGAUCGGGAAGCGACUAUUUCAUUGACUGUCAAAUCCCUCCUUGAAGUCGUCCAAACCGGAGCGAAGAAUAUUGAGAUUGCAAUCAUGGCUCCAGGAAAGACCAUUGAAAUGCUGCCCUCCGAACAGAUCGAACAAUACGUCAAGACAAUUGAGGCCGAGAAGCAAGAAGAGCAGGCAAAGAAGAAGCCAGGCAGAGCAGCUGCUUCGGGCCCAGGUACAUCAACUCUGCCCACAAGACCAGUCACGGAGGGUGAAGGAUCAGGGGAUACUUGAUGAAUAGACCUCCUUGAUCCGUCCUUUGCAUAAGCGCCAGGAGUUUAGGUGAUAAAAUGAAUCAAAACAGGGUGACCAUUGCCUGUCGUGUCUGGACAUGCAUUUCAUCAAGCCGCCCCAAAAUGCUUCUCAGGGGAAACCAUCCAGCAGCAAGCCGUCGGUUUGCACUUCAGGCUCCUUUGCAUUAAUUCCUAAAAUUGAAAAAGGUGUAGCAUAGUCAGCCUCCCUCGUAUCGUCUUUGGUUCAGACCAGGCGUGUCUCGGCAUUUUUGACAUCGAAUAUUGAUUGUUGC